GCGAGUGAGCGCGCGCCGACCGUCUACACGGUUUCUUUUUCUCCCCAGGGAGAGCGCGCGGCGGACGCGCGGCUGCACCAGGAGGCCGGGCCGAGCGGUUCAGUUUCAAAUUUGAAUCUCCUGUAGGAAUGACUGUAUCCUAAUUUCCAAGAUACUUGUAUGAGAGGCAGAUCAAAGGGAUCAUACUUUUAGGUUUUAAGAGAACAUCUCAAGUUGGACUCAAAAGCAAGAUUUGCUACUAACUUUGAAGUGGAAUAAGGUUAUGCAGUUUUAAUGUGGAUGCUUUUGUCUAAAUUUCUAUAGCCAUGGCACAAGAACAUAAGAAAGCAUGGGCUUAUAGCAAUCACAGAGCCCCAGUAAUACAAGCUCCAUUUGGGCUUUUCUGAAAGAAAGCCAUCUAUUAAAGUGAAGCAAAGGAACUAUCGUGGAUUAUAAUGUUUUGAAGAUCUGGAUUUUCCGAGGAUUGAAAAUAAGGCAUCAUUUAACCUUUUAAAUGAAAAAGAUUAAGAUCUCAUGCAAUUGCUAUAUAUUCUGGAAACUAUUCUCCAAAAGAGAAGUGCACAUUUACAACUUAGAUAUGCUGGUCCUUUCUGCAGGGCUUUAAGUCUGAUUGCUUUUACAUCAUGACCAGCUUGAAACGGUCACAGACAGAGAGGCCUGUUACCACUGAAAGGGCCUCCCUUGUCGGCACAGAUGGCACCCCCAAGGUCCACACUGAUGACUUCUACAUGCGGCGCUUCAGGUCCCAAAAUGGCAGCUUAGGAUCAUCAGUUAUGGCUCCUGUAGGGCCCCCCCGAAGUGAAGGUUCCCACCACAUAACCUCGACCCCCGGCGUCCCAAAGAUGGGGGUUAGGGCAAGGAUUGCAGAUUGGCCCCCAAGAAAGGAAAACGUAAAGGAAUCUAGCCGUUCAAGCCAGGAAAUAGAAACCUCAAGUUGCCUUGAGAGCCUGUCCUCCAAAAGCAGUCCUGUGAGUCAGGGGAGUUCUGUUAGCCUCAAUUCCAGUGACUCAGCCAUGUUAAAAAGCAUACAGAACACACUGAAGAACAAGACCAGACCUUCGGAGAACAUGGACUCCAGAUUCCUCAUGCCUGAAGCCUAUCCCAGCUCCCCCAGGAAAGCUCUUCGUAGAAUUCGGCAGCGGAGCAACAGUGACAUCACCAUAAGUGAACUUGACGUGGAUAGCUUUGAUGAAUGUAUCUCGCCCACGUACAAGACGGGGCCAUCGCUGCACAGGGAAUAUGGUAGCACAUCUUCCAUUGAUAAGCAAGGAACCUCGGGAGAAAACUUCUUUGAUUUGUUAAAGGGCUACAAAGAUGACAAAUCUGAUCGAGGUCCGACCCCAACCAAGCUCAGUGACUUUCUCAUCGCUGGUGGGGGCAAGGGUUCUGGUUUCUCCUUGGAUGUUAUAGACGGGCCCAUCUCACAGAGAGAGAACCUCAGGCUCUUUAAGGAGAGGGAAAAACCACUCAAGCGACGUUCCAAGUCUGAAACCGGGGACUCAUCUAUUUUUCGUAAAUUACGCAAUGCCAAAGGUGAUGAGCUUGGGAAAUCGUCCGAUCUUGAGGAUAACCGAUCAGAAGACUCGGUCAGGCCCUGGACAUGUCCAAAGUGCUUUGCCCACUAUGAUGUCCAGAGUAUAUUAUUUGACUUGAACGAGGCAAUAAUGAACAGGCAUAAUAUUAUUAAGAGGAGAAACACCACCACAGGGGCCUCGGCCGCUGCCGUGGCAUCCUUGGUCUCGGGCCCUUUGUCCCACUCAGCCAGUUUUAGCUCCCCAAUGGGCAGCACGGAGGACCUGAAUUCCAAAGGAAGCCUCAGCAUGGACCAGGGAGAUGAUAAAAGCAACGAACUUGUAAUGAGCUGUCCAUAUUUUCGGAAUGAGAUAGGUGGAGAAGGUGAAAGGAAAAUCAGCUUGUCAAAAUCAAAUUCUGGUUCCUUCAGUGGCUGUGAAAGUGCCUCCUUUGAGUCUACACUGAGCUCUCAUUGCACAAAUGCUGGAGUGGCUGUGCUUGAAGUGCCCAAGGAAAGUCUGGUGUUGCAUCUCGACCGAGUGAAGAGAUACAUUGUGGAACACGUGGACCUUGGCGCCUACUAUUACAGGAAGUUCUUCUAUCAGAAGGAACACUGGAACUAUUUUGGAGCUGAUGAGAAUCUUGGUCCAGUGGCUGUGAGCAUUCGAAGAGAAAAAUCAGAAGAAAUGAAAGAAAAUGGCUCUCCAUACAACUACCGGAUAAUUUUUAGAACUAGUGAGCUUAUGACACUGAGAGGUUCGGUCCUGGAGGAUGCCAUUCCUUCAACAGCAAAGCACUCAAGCGCCAGAGGGCUGCCCCUGAAGGAAGUGCUGGAGCACGUGGUGCCCGAGCUCAGUGUGCAGUGCCUGCGGCUGGCCUUCAACACGCCCAAAGUAACGGAGCAGCUCAUGAAACUGGAUGAACAAGGGCUGAACUAUAAACAGAAAGUAGGCAUCAUGUACUGUAAAGCUGGACAGAGCACUGAAGAAGAGAUGUACAACAAUGAGUCUGCUGCCCCAGCCUUUGAGGAAUUCCUUCAGCUGUUGGGGGAACGUGUUCGGCUCAAAGGAUUUGAGAAGUAUCGUGCACAGCUUGACACCAAAACUGACUCCACAGGAACCCAUUCUCUAUAUACAACAUACAAAGACUAUGAAAUUAUGUUCCAUGUUUCUACCAUGCUGCCAUACACACCUAACAACAAGCAACAGCUCUUACGGAAGCGGCACAUUGGGAAUGAUAUUGUAACAAUUGUUUUCCAAGAGCCUGGAGCACAGCCAUUCAGCCCCAAAAACAUCCGAUCCCACUUCCAGCACGUUUUUGUCAUUGUCAGGGUUCACAGCCCCUGCACUGACAGCGUCUGUUACAGGUACUGGUGCGUCAGCACUCACAAGGGACCCACCGGCUUUCUGUUCCUGCAGCCCCAGCAGGAGGCAGGGCAGGCCCCCUUGAGGCCCGACUGCCCCUCAGCCAUGCGUGUCUCGGGUCGCCAGGAUCCUGAGGGGGUGGCAGGCACCCAGCAUCCAGAGCGCAAGAUACUGUAUAGCAUGCUGUAUUUAGAAAUGGAAGAGGCCAAACCACUCUACAGCAAUACCUCUGUUAACAACCAGAAAAAGAGUUGCUCUGAAACCUACCGCAUGCCAGUGAUGGAGUACAAAAUGAAUGAAGGGGUCUCCUAUGAAUUCAAGUUUCCCUUCCGCAACAAUAACAAGUGGCAGAGGAAUGCCAACAAGGGGACACAUUCGCCUCAAGUCCCAUCCCAGGUGCAGAGUCCCAUGACCUCGAGGCUCAAUGCAGGAAAAGGAGAUGGGAAGAUGCCUCCUCCAGAGCGAGCUGCCAACAUUCCUCGGAGCAUCUCCAGUGACGGGCGCCCCCUGGAGAGGCGGCUAUCUCCUGGCUCAGACAUCUACGUGACAGUCUCAUCCAUGGCGUUAGCAAGAUCCCAGCAGUGCCGGAACUCCCCUAGCAACCUGUCAUCAUCCAGCGAGACUGGCUCUGGUGGGGGCACGUACAGGCAAAAAUCCAUGCCCGAAGGGUUUGGAGUAAGCCGCAGAUCCCCGGCCUCCAUUGACAGACAGAAUACCCAGUCAGAUAUUGGUGGUAGCGGAAAGUCCACACCCAGCUGGCAAAGAAGUGAAGAUAGCAUUGCCGACCAGAUGGCUUACAGUUAUAGAGGACCUCAGGAUUUCAAUUCUUUUGUCCUCGAGCAGCAUGAAUAUACAGAGCCAACAUGCCAUCUCCCAGCAGUAUCAAAGGUACUGCCAGCUUUCCGCGAGAGCCCCAGUGGGAGAUUAAUGCGGCAGGAUCCAGUGGUUCAUUUGUCUCCAAACAAACAAGGGCAUUCUGAUAGCCACUACUCGAGCCACUCUAGCAGCAAUACCCUCUCCAGCAAUGCAUCGAGUGCCCACAGUGAUGAGAAGUGGUAUGACGGGGACCGCACAGAGUCUGAACUCAAUAGUUACAACUACCUGCAAGGCACCUCCGCAGACAGCGGCAUUGACACCACCUCCUAUGGCCCCAGCCACAGCAGCACAGCCUCCCUGGGGGCUGCCACGUCAUCACCUCGCUCAGGGCCAGCCAAGGAGAAAGUGGCACCCCUGUGGCAUAGUUCCAGUGAGGUGAUCUCCCUGGCAGAUCGGACUUUGGAGACAGACAGCCACGGCAUGGACCGGAAAACAGAAUCCUCCCUGAGCUUGGACAUCCUCAGCAAGAGCCAGACCGGCUCCAGCCCCCUGACAAGGGAGAACAGCACUUUCAGUAUAAAUGACGCUGCUUCCCACACAAGUACCAUGAGCUCCCGACACUCCGCCAGCCCAGUUGUCUUCACCAGUGCCAGAAGCUCCCCUAAAGAAGAGCUUCAUCCUGCCACCUCCUCACAGCUUGCACCUUCCUUCUCCUCCUUGUCCUCAUCCUCCUCCGGUCCUAGGACUUUCUACCCUCGCCAGGGUGCUACUAGCAAGUACCUGAUUGGAUGGAGAAAACCCGAAGGAACCAUAAACUCCGUGGGAUUUAUGGACACAAGAAAGCGUCAUCAGAGUGAUGGCAAUGAAAUAGCCCACACUAGGCCACGUGCCUCAACCAGGGACCUCCGGGCAUCCCCUAAGCCGACCUCCAAGUCCACCAUUGAGGAGGAUCUCAAGAAACUCAUUGACCUUGAAAGCCCAACGCCUGAAUCCCAGAAGAAUUUUAAGUUCCAUGCACUCUCCUCUCCUCAGUCUCCGUUCCCCACCACCCCCACCUCGAGGCGAGCCUUGCACCGAACGCUGUCGGAUGAGAGUAUUUACAGUGGCCAGAGGGAGCACUUUUUCCCCUCAAGGGCUUCGCUUCUGGACCAAGCCCUGCCCAACGACGUCCUCUUCAGUAGCACGUACCCUUCUCUCCCCAAGUCUCUUCCAUUGCGGAGGCCUUCCUAUACCUUGGGAAUGAAGUCGUUGCAUGGAGAGUUCUCGGCCUCGGACAGCUCCCUCACUGACAUCCAGGAGACCCGAAGGCCACCCAUGCCCGACCCUGGCCUGAUGCCCCUGCCGGAUGCUGCUGCAGAUUUGGAUUGGUCAAAUUUGGUGGAUGCAGCCAAGGCCUAUGAGGUCCAGAGAGCCUCAUUCUUUGCUGCUAGUGAUGAAAACCAUCGGCCCAUGAGUGCUGCAUCCAGCAGUGACCAGCUCGAGGACCAGACGCUGGUCCAGAUGAAGUCCUACGGCAGCAGUAAAGAUUCCUCUCCCACUCUGGCUUCUAAAGUGGACCAACUAGAAGGUAUGCUGAAGAUGCUUCGGGAAGAUUUGAAGAAGGAAAAAGAAGACAAAGCCCACCUUCAGGCAGAAGUUCAGCACUUGCGAGAGGACAACCUGAGGCUGCAGGAGGAGUCCCAGAAUGCCUCCGACAAGCUGAAGAAGUUCACAGAGUGGGUCUUCAAUACCAUAGACAUGAGCUAGGGCAGCUGUGGCGAGGAGAGGGCCCGUGGGGUGCGCUCUCUAGUGAGGUCUUCAAGCUCCCUGGUCAUGCCCUGGAAGGCAUUCGCGGAGCACCCGCCCCAGCAUCCUCCUCUGCCCCUGCCGGGGAGUGCACAACGCAACACUUGCAGAUCAACAAUCAUAAUCUGCUUUUUAUAGAAAAGAAAAAAAGUAAAUAAAGAUUUUAAAAAGUAAAAUAAAAGUUUAACUGCUAAAAUGUGAAUGUCUUUAUUUUUUUGCACAAUAUCUUUAUCUGUUAUGUAUUUAAAAAGGAACUGGGCCUAGGACCAGCAUCCCCCUGGCCCAUCUGCCUCUAUUUCCAUCAGCUCUUUCUUAUCUAUUUCAGGUAACCCAAGCUUUUCCUCCUUCCUGACAAUGUCAUUGUUUCUAGGAAAAUAAAGUUUUAAAAAAUCUUAUUUGAGGAGGGGAAUUUCCUUACCUUCAUUCCUAAGAUGCCUGGAGAGGGAGGUGCUUUUAGAAAUGUCUACCUCCCUUGAAUGACUUGUGCUUGUGCAUGAGCCAGUGCUGUGUGUACCCAUCUUACAGAGAUCAGUAGGAUCGGGAUUAUUUAACAAGAAUGAGUCAGUGAACUAGAGACACCGAGUGCCUGCAGGCCACACCCCUUUCCAGUCCUGCCUUGGGACUUGGCGCCCUCCUCCUUUCCCCAGGGAGAUGGCCCCAGGUGCCGUGUGCUGCUCAGAGCUAGAGCCCUUUCUGUUUGGCUUAGUAAGUGAGUGCCACCAAAUUGUAAUCAGCCUCUCUCAGCUUCCUGGCCCCAAACGUUACUUGGUUUCAGAAUUCUUCUAAACUAAAAUACUAUUUGUAUGUGUUUGGGGGGAAAGUAUAGUUUUUGAAAUUUUUAAAGAGGAAAAUGUGGCAAAAUUGUCCAUAUUAAUAAGUAAAUUCUUCUCUCCAAAGUAAGACUUCACCAGUAUUUGUCACGAGGAAAACUGAAUAUUAAAUUGUGAGCUUAAUACUUGUGAGCAACGAUUGAAUGGGCUUUUGAAACCCUAUGUGCUAGUGUGUGAUGCGGGCCCGGCGUAUUUCUGCGUCCUUUUGUGCAGAACACAGAUGCUGGGCCCACCAGGAUUGAGGGCCUGGUUUCUUGCCUUUAUAAUUGUCACUAAACUGACACCUGUGCCCCCUUCAGUGGUGACUCUGGUCUAAAGGAAUGUUCAGCAAUCUAAUGUUCUCUGCCCGGAAGCUUCCCUGCCCCAAGAAACCUCAACUCCUUCCUCUCUCCAUCCCCGCGAGAAACGGGAUGGGUUUUCUCUCUCCUCCCCCAACCCCCAGACUUUUAUGCUACAGUUCUGUUCAUGAUUGUGAUUUCUCCAUGGGAUUUUUUUUUAUUCUAGUGACAUUUCCAUCAUGGAAAUAGGAAGAUUUCGGAGUACUUUGUAAAGAUCUCAAUGGUCUGUCUCUUUCUCUGACUUGUGUGCAGGAGUUUGUACACUGCCUGAUAUCUCUUUGUAAAUGAGAAAUAUCGCUAACAUCCAAGCAUUCUGAAGUCUUGCUUAUCCUUCUGAGUUUAGUUUUUAUUUUGUCUUACAUUUUGUUUGGGGACUUGGGGCAAGCUAUUUAUUAGAGUUUUGCAACAGAGUUCUUGUUUGAAGCCUUUAAAGACUACUUGUAAAAUUCAAACAAUAAAAUUCAUUUUAAA